AUGGGCAAAUUCCGCAAUCAGAAGAAGAAUUUGGUGCGGAACAAAGUGGCCGUUUCCGUCGGAAAAGCGAAACAGAUGAAGGCGGCUGCGAAGAACUCCAAAAAGGACGGAGAAAAAGAUGUACAAAUGACAGAAGACAUUCCGAGAGUCAGAGGACUUGCCGUAUCAUCCUUGGUGAGUAACAGUUUAAAAUCGGUUAUUCAAAUAUUCGCUAUUUAUAGAAAAAGCUGGCAGCUGGAGAGCUGAAAAACGUUCCAAAGGUGAAUGAGAAAAAGAUCAUUCGAAAGAACGAACUGCCGGUCCGCGAGAAGUAAGAAAGCUAUUAUUGAAUGAAAUACAAACAUGAAAAGCAUUUUUCAGCAAGAAAAUUCUGGACGCACCGACUGGCAAACGUGGUACUACUGCUCAGUUCAUCACAAAAAAGAAGGCCAAGAAGAUGUACAAGAAGAUGACCCACGACGCCCGUGACAAUUUCAGAAAGAUGCAGGCCGAACUGGCGGAUGGAGAGGAUGACGACGAGAAGGAGGUAGACGAACAGAUGGAAGAGUAA